UCGACUAAUCGAUGCAGCCGUUGUCGCCGCACGAGAAUCGAAUGCCGUCGAAUCGAGGAGUCGCGAAACUGCGACGUUCACCCCGCGCCGCUGUGGCCCUUAGCCCACUGGAAGCUGCCGCCUCGUCAACGAGCACGGCUCGCCAUGGCGGACAUGCACGGCCUCUUCGGCAGCGACGACGACGACGACAGCGAGGCGGAGCGCGCGUCCCAUGCAUUUGGCUCCGAUUCGGAGUCUGAGCAUGAGCAGCAGCAGCAUGAACGGGCGGAGUCCCUGAGCGGGAGAUCGGCGAGCGGGAGUGAGCGGGAGGGUGCCGGUGAGGAGGAGGAAGACGACGAGGACGAUGAGAGGCAAGCAGCCCAACCCAGCAACAAGGAGCUGUUUGGUGAUGACAGUGACGAAGACGCUGCCUCCCGGCACGGUGACAACCACUCCGAGCACUCUGCCGUGUCAGCCGCGUCAGCCGCGUCUGCACACAACGAUGACAAUUACCACUCUGAUGCAGAGGACCACCACAGUGGCGCAGAGGACCACCACAGUGGCUCGGAGGCCCACCACUCGGACGUGGAGGAACACCGCAGUGGAUCGGAGGGCCACCACUCAGACGUGGAGGAGCACCACAGCGGCUCCGAGGCCCAUCAUUCUGAUGCGGAGGAGCAUCACAGCGGCUCGGAAACCCACCACUCGGACGCGGAGGAGCAGCACAGCGUGUCCGAGGGCCACCAUUCUGAUGCAGAAGAACCACAGAGCGGCCGCUCUGAGGACGGCCGUCCCUCGGAUGUGGAGGACAGGCACAGUGAGGGGGGCCAGAAUACAGAUGUGGACGAGGGCGACCUGUGGGGCCCCUCAAGCCCCAGAUCAGCAGCCGAGGGCUCGGAUAGGGAGCAGGCGAGCCCCCGCUCUGCAGGGGAGGAUGAGAAAGCCCAGGAGUCUGACGAGGAGAGGGCUCAUUCAAACAAUGAACAUGAAGACAGUCGGCGUAUAUCUGAUACAGAGCAACACUCAGCGCGUGGUAGUGACAGUGAAGAUGAAAUUGGACGGAAGCCCAGGAGGACCGUGGCCACGCACUCCGGCUCUGACAGCGACUCUGACACAGCAGCAGAUAAGAAAGCCACAGUGGACACCCUGUUUGGCGAUGCGGAUGACAUCUCGUCAGACAGCGAUGAGGAAAGAAAGCCUGCUACACCUGGUCGGCCAUUGGACGGAGAAGAUGGUGAACAAGAGCCAACUGAGGCACCUCCUCCAGAGACUCGUAUCGAGGUAGAGAUCCCCAAAGUGAACACAGACCUUGGCAACGAGCUAUACUUUGUCAAGCUUCCCAACUUCCUCAGCGUGGAAACAAGGCCAUUUGAUCCCCAAUAUUAUGAAGAUGAGUUCGAAGAUGAUGAAACAAUGGAUGAAGAGGGACGCACGAGAUUGAAAUUGAAGGUUGAAAACACAAUAAGGUGGCGUACGAUACGGGAUGAUGAUGGAAACGAGGUGAAGGAAAGUAAUGCACGCUUCAUCCGCUGGUCCGAUGGCAGCAUGUCACUGCAUCUGGGAAAUGAGGUGUUUGAUGUCCACAAGGCCCCAUUACAAGGCGACCACAACCAUCUCUUCAUUCGCCAAGGCACUGGGCUGCAGGGGCAGGCAGUCUUCCGCACCAAACUCACCUUCCGACCUCAUUCAACAGACAGCGCCACACACAGAAAGAUGACGCUGUCCCUGGCAGACCGCUGCUCUAAAACACAGAAGAUCAGAAUUCUGCCCAUCGCUGGGAAGGACCCCGAGUCCCAACGGACUGAGAUGAUUAAGAAAGAAGAAGAGCGUCUACGGGCGUCGAUCCGACGUGAAUCUCAGCAGCGGCGGCAGCGCGAAAAGCAACACAUGCGGGGCCUGAGCUCCAACUACCUGGAGUCGGACCGCUUCGAGGAGGAGGAGGAGGAAGGGGAGGAGGCCAUAAGCCUAGCGGCUAUCAAGAACCGUUUCAAGGGCAACAUGCGUGAGGAGCGAGCAAGGAUUUACUCGUCCGACAGUGACGAGGGCUCUGAAGAUGAUAAGAAUGCUCGUGCAGCCAAGGCCAAGAAAAUUGAAAGUGAUGAGGAGGGUACGGAAGAGGGAACAUCGGGAAAGCGUAAAGCAGAGGAAGAGGAAAAGGCCAACAAAAAGCAAAAGAGGUAUAUUAUCAGCGACGAGGAGGAUGAUGAAGAGGACUAGCAAGCUGGCAAUAUUAUGUGCAACCCGUGUAAUUGGUGGCCAGGUGAUGUUGAAGACGCUUCUGCAUAUGUUCUCUAGCAUAUUUCUUCUUUCUCAGGGUAGUUGAAUAGCUUUGUAUGUAUCUUGCUGACCAGGUCAGUUUCCAUGAUGUGAGCAGGUCGAUUUCUUCAUAGAAUAAAAAUAGUUAUCAAUUAGACUUUACAGAUCCCAUGACAUAAUUCCAAGAGAACAGCACAUUAAAGCAUUCACAGUUCAAAUAAAACAUUUCUAAAAUGAUCCACAAUGUAAAAAUGUUUUUUCUUUAUAACUAUGGUGUACCAUGCAAACAUGAAUCUUAAUAAAUAUUCGCCUUGGUAAAAAUUG